AUUGGUGGUGGAAACUGAAAGUAGUCUCGACUAGACUCCAGCGUUGGCUGUUUGUUGUCCUUUUCCUAGAGGCGAAUGAAUUCCACUCUGGACAAUGACCCAACACACCUCCAGGCUGUGUAAGGGCUAUUUGACCAAGAAGGAGAGUGAUGGAGUGCUGCAUCAGAUGACCUGGCCUCCACAAUCACCUGAUCUCGAUGUUUUGGAAUGAGUUGGACCGCAGAGUGAAGGAAAAGUAGCCAACAAGUGCUCAGCAUGUGUGGGAACUCCUUCUAGGCUGUUUGAAAAGCAUUCCAGUAUACCAGGUCUGUCAGCUCUGGGGAAGCUGGACCCCAAGGAGAGUGAAAUGAUCAUGGAGUAUUUCACAACACAGGUGCUGCUGCUGAAGGAUAAGGAACUCUUGCAGAAAACGGUGAGAGAAGAGAAGAAACUGUUGGUUGAGAACGCUAAGCUGAAGAAAGACAUCUCUGACCUGAAGAUUCUACUGACUGAGAAACAACAGAAGAAGAAAGCCAAAGCAGCAACCGCCUCCAAACUUACUGCCCCGGGGUCCACAGCUUCCCUGUCUGCCCCCGGCACCAACCCCAAACCCGGCAGGGAAAGAGAUGGGAGGAGGAGGAGAGGAGAGAGAAAGGGGAGGAGAGAGAGAACAAAAUCUGAGUCUGCGUUAGAGGAGGAGCCUCGCAUGGACGUGUCUCGCCUCGACCUGCGGAUUGGUCGGAUCGUUGGCGUCCGCUACCACCCAUUGGCUGGGGCUCUGUAUGUCCAGGAAGUGGAUCUGGGAGAGCCCGCCCCCCGCACGGUUGUCAGCGCGCUACGACACAUUCCUAAAGAACAGCUUCAGGGUCGUCUGGCGGUGUUGCUGUGCAAUGUGCGUCCUUGUCGGGUGAAAGGCGUGGUCUCUACGGCGAUGGUUCUCUGUGGCUCCGCCCCUAACGCCCACGAUAACGAUAACGAUGAUGACGCACAGGUGGAGUUUCUGGAACCGCCCACUAACGCUGUACCUGGCGAUAGGGUCACUUUCUACGAUUAUCCUGGGGAGCCAGACCGGGAGCUGAGCCCCAGAGAGAAGGUGUGGGAGCAGAUCCUUCCUGAUCUGCAGACGGACUCCAGGGGCGUGGCCACCUACAGGGGGGUGGGGUUUGAGGUUCGGGGGAAAGGCCUCUGUAGAGCCCCAACCCUCACCAACAGCAUUAUCAAAUAAACACUCAGUCAGACAACGCAGGGGAACCGAUGAAUACACACACACACACACACACACACACACACACACACACACACACACACACACACACACACACACACACACACACACACACGGGAACACACGCGUGGGAACAGGCAGACACAUACACACUUCUGGGUAAGCUUUAAGCUGAUUGUUAUUGUCAGAAUGUGAGGACAUUUCAAUAAAGUUUUUAACAAAUGUUGAAA